AUGACUCACACAGGAGAUAAGCCCCAUGCCUGCCAAGUGUGUUCUAAAAGGUUUGCUCAGAAAUGUAAUCUUAGGACACACGAGAAGACUCACAUGGAUGAGAGGCCCCACACCUGCCAAGUCUGUUCGCAAAGAUUUGCUCAGAAAUGUAAUCUAAAGAUACACGAGAGGACUCACACGGGGGAAAAGCCAUACGUCUGCCAAGCGUGUUCGACAGGUUUCCGUCAUAAAUCAGAUCUUACGAAUCACGAAAGGACUCAUACGGGUGAGAAGCCUCACGCCUGCAAAAUGUGUUCUAAAAGUUUUGCUCGGAAAUCAAAUCUUAUACAACAUGAGCGAAUGCAUUUGGAUGAGAAGCCCCAUACCUGCCAAGUGUGUUCGAUGAGUUUUGUUCAAAAAUCAGAUCUUACUAAGCACGAGAGAACCCACACAGGGGAGAAGCCAUACAUCUGCAAAGUAUGUUCAAAAAGUUUUGCUCAAUCAUCUACUCUGUCGAAUCAUAAGAAGACUCACACAAAGGACAAGUCCUACGGUCGCAAACGAUGUUCAACAAAUUUUGCUCAAAAAAUUAAUGUGAUGGCGGAUGAGAAGACUCAUUUAAAUGAUAAUUUAAAUCUUUUGACGCACGAAAGAACUCAUAUGGUAAUUAAGCCCCACAAUUUCCAAGUGUGUUUGCAAAGUUUUACCCAGAACUCUAAUCUUAAAACGCACAAGAGGACUCACUCGAGGGAUAAGCCUUACGUCUCCCAACUGUGUUCAAGUAGUUUUUCUCAAAAUGAUAGACCAACUGAUCAGGAACAUAUUUACACCGACAAUCUAAUGGGUGCAAGUUCAGUGUUACCGUCAUUUUCCAGUGCUUUCCACGUUAAAUCUUCUGGAAGAAAAUUCGUUAAAGCGACCAAUGUCAGCGUUAUUUCGAGGUUGAAUCGUAAGAGUACAUAA